AUGUUCCAACUGAUACCCCUGUUCAUGGCAAGCGCGCUCAUGGCGCCUUGUCAGCCAGAUGGGAAUCACCUGACCACUUGCGCACACGAAAAGUGCGAGACGGUCGGGUCAGCCGAGAUUUGUACCGAGUGCAAGGUCGGAGGCGUCCCGGUCGACGGCUUCUGCCGACCCUUCGGCUCCAUCCAGGCCGCGGCGGCCGGGUGCACCAAAGCAGACGGGGCUGCUCUCGACAAGAUGACAGCAACCUGCGAGAAGUGCGGCGACGGGUACUUCCUCUUCAUGGGCGGGUGCUACAAGACGAGCCUGUGGUCUGAAGUCUGCACAGCAGCCAGUAAUGGAGUAUGUACUACUUGUAAUACAAAGAACGGCCUGUUCAAGAACCCGGCUGCAACAGUGACUCCUGGUAACGAGUGCAUCCUGUGCUCCGAUGCUACAGAUAGAAACGGGGUCAUGGGAGUGGAGAAUUGUCUCAAGUGCACGGCGCCAGGUGGCAAUACAGGAGCAGCCGCGUGCACUGCCUGCAAGGCUGGCUUUUAUGGGUCCGGUCCAUGCACAAAGUGUCAUGACGAUUGUGCUACUUGCAGUGGCGCAGCAAAUAAUCAGUGCACAUCUUGUAAGGCUGGAAAGUACCUGAAGACCGAUACUAACACUUGCGUAGAUGCUGGUAGUUGUAAUGGAAACACUUAUGCUGAUCCAGUGACAAGGACAUGCAAGGAUUCUGCAAUAACUGAUUGCACCACGUGUGAGUACAACCCGGCAACUGGGGGCCCAAAGUGCACAGCCUGUGGUAACAGUAAGAAGGUGAAGACAGCCAUCGACGGCGCCACAACGUGCGUGACGGUUGCAUCCGAAUGUGUGGAUGAGAAUCACUUUAAAGAUGACGGUAACACUAUGUGUGUGCUAUGCAGUGAUACCAGCGGGUCAGACCCAAAUAAAGGGGUAGCGCAGUGCAAGACAUGUACUAAGAAUGGAGCUAACAAGCCUGAAUGCAAGACAUGCCUCGAAGGGUAUGUUCUGAAGGGGUCUGGUGCUGACGCCAUUUGUGAGUCUUGUGGAAACAACUGUGCAGUGUGUACCGCAGCCAAUGAUAUAUCGACUUGUACAGGGUGCCUUCCCGGGUACUUCCUAAAAGCCGAGGGUGGAACAAAAGAGUGCGUCCCGUGUGAUGACACAGCCAAAGGUGGUCGUGAAGGCUGUAGUCUAUGUUCUAGCAACGGUGGAUUUAAGUGCACAGAUUGUAAAGCGAACUACAGGAAGCAGUCUAAUGGAGAUGCAGGCGAUGACUAUACAUGUGUGAAGACCUGCGAGGACCCUACUGUGUGUGGGGGGACGUCUGGAGCCUGCGAUGCCAUAGUGAUCGAUGCUAAUGGAAAGGAGCAUUAUUACUGUUCAUACUGUGGAGAGACCAAUAAGUUCCCCAUUGAUGGACUAUGUACUGAUAACAAGGGAACAAAUGCUGGGUGUACUGAUCAUACUUGCAGCUACUGUGCUGCCGGGUUCUUCCUGUACAUGGGUGGCUGCUACAAGAUUGAUACAGUACCAGGAAGCUAUAUGUGCUCCAAAUCAACAACAGCAGGUGUCUGUGAUACACCCAAUGCCAACAAUAGAUUCUUCGUUGUCCCAAAGGCAAUAAGUGCCGAACAAUCUGUGCUGGCUUGUGGCAACCCAUUGGGCACAAUUGCAGGCGGUAAUGCCUACGUCGGAGUGGAGGGGUGCUCCCAGUGCACGGCCCCCGACGCUCGAGCUGAUGGCGGCAUGGCGGUUGCCACGUGCACGGCCUGCGAGGACGGCAAGAAGCCCGGCAAGAGCGGCACCGGGUGUGUGGCGUGCCCUGAUGCUAACUGCAAGAGCUGCACGAUGGAUGACGUAUGUGAAGAGUGUGCUGAUGGGUUCAGUCUAGACAAUGGUAAGUGUGUGUCUUCUGGCACUAAUAAGAGCGGCCUUUCUACCGGCGCCAUCGCUGGCAUCUCCGUCGCAGCCAUCGUCGUCGUCGGGGGCCUCGUCGGCUUCCUCUGCUGGUGGUUCAUCUGUCGGGGGAAGGCGUAA